AUGUCAUCCCGUUCAAUUACAGACCGCGAGGAUGAGGAGUCCACUCCUCUUACUGGAGUAACAGACAUCGUAUCAAGCCCAUCUGCGAACAUCAUGUCGUCUUCGACUAUAAUGCCUGCGUCAGCCACCUUGGCAUUGACCGAACUUAACCCGCCUCGUACGUUUGUUUCGGCCCUUUGGGCUCGCCUGAAAGACAGAGAUGUCAAUCAGGUUCUAUCCUACAAGCACGUACGACCAAGUGCGUUUGUUUACCUGGAAAAACAUCGCUACCAGCUCGGGACGUCUGUCAGGUUCACUUACCAUGAAGAUAUUGAAACGCUCCUGAUAAAGAUCCCCCUGGAACGACACGAGGGAGCCCAUCGGUGCAUAGCGGAGGACACAGCAACCAUGUUGAGUAACAUGGGUGUUGAGCGAAAUGAGCGUUGGCCUACGGGUGCUGCAACGUUCAAGAUAUCCACAACUUCCGAAUCGGCCAAAGAAGGCGACAGCUCGUACAGGAAUUGCAUCCUGAGACCAAACGAAGGAGACUGGCCCCACUGGGCAAUCGAAUGCGGGCUGUCAGAAUCGUUACCUCACCUGCAUAUGGCUGUGGAUUGGUGGAUCGGGAAUUCAAUGGGGCAAGUUAACCUGGUCCUGCUUAUGAACAUUUCAUGGGCAAGAAAAACCCUCACCAUCGAGGAAUACGUCCCGUAUGCACGGCAAGGUCCGCGAACGAGAGCACAAGCGGCCGGUGCUGUUUAUGUCUGUCGGUGCGUUUCCAACAUCAUCAUCAACAUGAAGGCCAACCCCCCCUCCGUCCAGGGUGCCCCGCUAAUCCUGGAGUUUGAGAAAAUCGUCGGACGGCCUGCUGUUAAUCGAGAGCGGGAUGUAGUUUUUGAUUCUACUGCGCUGCUGGCAAUAGCGAGGGGUGUUUUUCGAGGAAUGCCUUAG